GCUCAGCUCCCCGGACUGCGGCCGCCGCCGCAGUUGCGCAGCCUGCCCUUCGGGACCCUGGCGCUGGGUGACACCAAAGCGUUGGACUCGUUCUACAACGCGGAUGUGGUGGUGCUGGAGGUGAGCAGCUCACUGGCCCAGCCUUCCCUAUUCUACCACCUUGGUGUGCGUGAGAGCUUCAGCAUGACCAACAACGUACUCCUCUGCUCCCAGGCCGACCUCCCGGACCUGCAGGCCCUGCGGGAGGAUGUUUUUCAGAAGAACUCGGACUGCACUGGCAGCUAUACACUGAUCCCUUAUGUGGUAACAGCCACUGGCCGGGUGCUGUGUGGUGAUGCAGGCCUUCUGAGGGGCCUGGCUGAUGGGCUAGUGCAGGCUGGAGCAGGCACUGAGGCCCUGCUCACUCCCCUGGUGGGCCGGCUUGCCCGCCUGCUGGAGGCCACACCCACGGACUCUUGUGGCUACUUCCGGGAGACCAUUCGGCAGGACAUCCGGCAGGCACGGGAGCGAUUCAGUGGACAGAGGCUGCGGCAGGAACUGGCUCGCCUGCAGCGGAGACUGGACAGCGUGGAGCUGCUGAGCCCCGACAUCAUCAUGAACUUGCUGCUCUCCUACCGCGACGUGCAGGACUACUCCGCCAUCAUUGAGCUGGUGGAGACGCUGCAGGCCUUGCCCACCUGUGAUGUGGCCGAGCAGCACAAUGUCUGCUUCCACUACACGUUUGCCCUCAACCGGAGGAACAGGCCUGGGGACAGGGAGAAGGCACUGGCUGUGCUGUUGCCACUGGUUCAGCUUGAGGGCUCUGUGGCGCCCGAUCUAUACUGCAUGUGCGGCCGUGUCUACAAGGACAUGUUCUUCAGCUCAGGCUUCCAGGAUGCUGGGCACCGGGAGCAGGCCUAUCACUGGUAUCGCAAGGCGUUUGAUGUGGAGCCCAGCCUCCAUUCAGGCAUCAAUGCAGCUGUGCUCCUCAUUGCUGCUGGGCAGCACUUUGAGGACUCUGAGGAACUUCGGCUAAUAGGCAUGAAGCUGGGCUGCCUGCUGGCCCGCAAAGGCUGCGUGGAGAAGAUGCAAUAUUACUGGGAUGUGGGUUUCUACCUGGGAGCCCAGAUCCUUGCCAAUGACCCCACCCAGGUGGUGCUGGCUGCAGAGCAGCUGUACAAGCUCAAUGCCCCCAUAUGGUACCUGGUGUCCGUGAUGGAAACCUUCCUGCUCUACCAGCACUUCCGACCCACGCCAGAGCCCUCUGGAGGACCGCCACGCUGUGCCCACUUUUGGCUGCACUUCUUGCUACAGUCCUGCCAGCCGUUCAAGACGACCUCUUCCCAGGGCCACCAGUGCUUGGUGCUAGUCCUGGAGAUGAACAAGGUGCUACUUCCUGCAAGGCUGGAGGUUCGAGGCACCGACCUGGUGAGCGCAGUGACCCUGAGCCUGCUGGACCCUGAGACUCAGGAUGCUCCCUCCAGCCGGACCUUCUCAGCCGCCUCCAUCUGCGGCGUCAGCGCCUCCAAGCGGGACGAGCGCUGCUGCUUCCUCUACGCGCUGCCCCCGGCUCAGGACGUCCAGCUGUGCUUCCCCAGCGUGGGGCAUUGUCAGUGGUUCUGCGGCCUGGUCCAGGCCUUGGUGACGAACCCGGAUUCCAUGGCGCCCGCGCAGGAGCUGGAGGGCGUAGGGGAGGUGCUGGAGUUUGAUUACGAGUACACGGAGACCGGAGAGCGGCUGGUGCUGGGCAAGGGCACGUACGGGGUGGUGUACGCGGGCCGCGAUCGGCACACGAGGGUGCGCAUCGCCAUUAAGGAGAUCCCGGAGAGGGACAGCAGGUUCUCUCAGCCUCUGCACGAAGAGAUCGCUCUUCACAAACGCAUGCGCCACAAGAACAUCGUGCGCUAUCUGGGCUCAGCCAGCCAGGGCGGCUACCUUAAGAUCUUCAUGGAGGAAGUGCCCGGAGGCAGCCUGUCCUCCUUGCUACGGUCAGUGUGGGGGCCCCUGAAGGACAAUGAGAGCACCAUCAGUUUCUAUACCCGCCAGAUCCUGCAGGGACUCAGCUACCUGCAUGACAACCACAUUGUGCACCGGGACAUUAAGGGAGACAAUGUACUGAUCAACACCUUCAGCGGACUGCUCAAGAUUUCUGACUUUGGCACCUCCAAGCGGCUGGCGGGCAUCACACCCUGCACUGAGACCUUCACAGGGACCUUACAAUACAUGGCCCCAGAAAUCAUUGACCAGGGCCCACGAGGGUAUGGGAAAGCGGCUGACAUCUGGUCAUUGGGCUGCACUGUAAUUGAGAUGGCCACAGGUCGCCCACCGUUCCACGAGCUAGGAAGCCCACAGGCUGCCAUGUUUCAGGUGGGCAUGUACAAGGUACAUCCGCCCAUGCCCAGUUCUCUGUCGGCUGAGGCCCAAGCCUUCCUCCUUCGAACUUUUGAGCCAGACCCCCGUCUCCGUGCCAGUGCCCAAGCACUGCUGGGGGACCCCUUCCUGCAACCUGGGAAGAGGAGCCGCAGCCCCGGCUCCCCCAGACACGCCCCACGGCCCUCAGGUGCCCCUUCUGCCAGUCUCACUCCUUCAGCUGACUCAUCCACCCAGUCCCAGACAUUCCCGCGCCCUCAGGCACCCUGUCAGCACCCGCCCAGCCCCCCGAAGCGCUGCCUCAGUUAUGGGGGCACCAGCCAGCUCCGGGUGCCCGAGGAGCCCGCGUCCCCGGAGGAGAGUUCGGGGCUGAGCCUGCUGCACCAGGAGAGCAAGCGCCGGGCCAUGCUGGCCGCGGUGCUGGAGCAGGAGCUGCCGGCGUUGGCGGAGAAUCUGCGCCUGGAGCAGGAACAGGGGUCCAGUCUGGGCAGGAAUCACGUGGAGCAGCUGCUGCGCUGCCUCGGGGCGCACAUCCACACUCCCAACCGCCGGCAGCUGGCCCAGGAGCUGCGGACGCUGCAAGGACGGCUGCAGGCCCAGGGUCUUGGGGCUACACUUCUGCACGGACCGCUCUUCGCCUUCCCGGAUGCGGUGAAGCGGAUCCUCCGCAGGCGCCAGAUCCGCCCACACUGGAUGUUCGUGCUGGACUCGCUGCUCAGCCGCGCUGUGCGGGCAGCCCUGGCUGUGCUGGGCCCCGAGGUGGAGAAGGAGGCAGUCUCCUCCAAGUCAGAGGAGCUGAGUCAAGAAGUGGAGACUCAGCAGCAGCAGCAGCAGCAGCAGGAGACCCUGGUCCAGCAGAGUGUGCUCCCUGCAGAACCUGAGCAGAGCCCCCCGCCUCUGAUGGUGCGGAUGAGCCUCUUGCGAGCGGAGACUGAUCGGCUUCGAGAAGUUCUGGCCAAGAAGGAACAGGAGUGCCAGGUCCUGGUGCAACGGGCUCUCCAGCGGGUGAAUGAGGAGGCCAGGACCUAUGACCUGGUCUCAGAGCCCCCAGCUGCUCUCUCCACAGACCAGGGCCUGGUGCAGUGGCUACAGGAACUAAGGGUGGAUUCAGGCACCAUCCAAACGCUGCUGAACCAUAGAUUCACCCUCCAUGUCCUGCUCACCUGUGCCACUCGAGAUGACCUCCUCUACACCCGCAUCAGGGGAGGGAUGGUAUGCCGUAUCUGGAGAGCCAUCUUGGCACAGCGAGCAGGAGCCACACCAGUCAUCCCUGGGUCCCGGGAGGCUGAAUGAGGGCAUCGGAGGCAAACUCAAGGAUGGAUGAAUGGAGAAGGCAACAGCAGCUUCUGACACAGCUGCCCCAGCACCUGUGGCAACUGGAGGAGGCCAGGCUGUUGGAGGCCAGGGUAGGGCCCAGGCCUGGCCCCAGUGGAGAGAACCAGCUACGAGGCACCCGAACACACCAAGCACCGCCAAAGACGAUUAAACAGAACACUUUUGUACCUUG